UAUUUUAUGCUACUUAUCUUGUUGCUUCCAGCACAAUUCAUAUAAAGUAUAAGCACAAGCUUUUAGAACUUCCUAAACUGCGAACAACUGCAUGUGAUACAGAACACAAUCAACUUGAUACUGCAAUUGAGUAGUCAGGGAAGGAUAGGGACAUCCAUAAUUUAGUACAAGUUGAAGUAUCAAAUGACAGAUUACCUGUUAAUACCACAUGUAUAUGAAUCUACAAGCCAAACAAUAGGUGUCUAGUUCUGAUCUUUAUCGCAUUUAAUACUGCAUGAUGACAUUAAUAUAACAAUGUUUGUACUACUUUCCGAGGCUUAAAUACUCAAUUUUCUCUGCUGAUUUUAUUCUCUCCGGACGCCAAUCCCAAAAGUCUCCAUCAUAAGAUAGCAAUAUAAAGGACACCACUGUAGAAGCCUCCCUCUUGUUCUUUCUUUUAUUUGCUAUUGUUAUUAGAUGGAGUUGUGUUGUAGAGUCGUAAGCUUAAGCACUAGAAGUGAUUUGAUGUGGGGAGGGGGAAACCAGCUGGGGAAGUUCCCCAAGCGGAAGCGAACCGCCAACGGCGGUUUCUACGGGGGGCUUUCCGAGCUGUUCGCCGACGACUCGGCGGCCCGCACACCAACGGCGAGGUCGCCGAGGAGCUUCGACGGCGGCGGCACCGUCGGCCUUGGGAUCGUGGCGGCAAUGAGCGGCCCCGUCUCCCGCGUCUCGCCAGCCCGUUCCGAGCCGAUCUCCAUCGGCUCGGCCAGGGUCGCCGCCGAGGCGAGUAGGUCGGACCCCACGGAGGACGAAGAGGAAGAGCUGUCGGAGAGCUACACGUGCGUGAUAUGGCACUUGGGAGGGAGCCUCGCAGGAAAGAGGGUCUACUUCGACGACGGGAAGGCAGCGUCUUCUGAGCCACGCGGCCGUGGGGGCUUCACGAGCUGCUGCAUUCUGGCUUCAUGAUGAGCUCAUCAUGGGUUGGAUAGUUUCUUUCUUUCCGUUGAUUCUGCUUUGAGAUUUGGAGUA